AGUAUAUUUUAUAUUAUUAUAUAAAUAAUAAUAUAAUAUGACAUUAGUAAAUAUGGUACACCACACAUUACCAGCUAUACAACCAACAGCAACAAAAGAUGGUAGUGGUGUUUGUGAAGAAAUAAUAAAGGAAUCAUUAUAUCCAAUUUUAGGACAAAAGGCCAAUGAAGUUGAAUUCGAACAAAAACAACAACAACAACAACAACAACAACAAAAUAAUAUAAAUAAUGACAAUAAUAAAGAAUUUAAAGAGUUUAAACAACAAGAAACUCAACAAGAUUUAUAUAAAAUUUCAAAAAAAGAUAAAUCAGAGGAUUUAAAAAAUAGAUAUACCAGCACAAAAAGAAAUCAAGAAAUUAUCUCUGUUACAUUGUUUGCAGUUUUUCUAGGUAUUUCAAUUUAUCGUAUGCUCACUUGGUAUUUUGUAAAAAACAUUUGGAUUUUCUUAAGUUCAUCAGUAUUGGCUAUGUUUGCCGCCGACUUUUUCUCUGGAAUUGUUCAUUGGGCAGCUGAUACAUGGGGCUCAUUAGACACUCCAUUGGUCGGUAAUAGUUUUAUUAGAUCAUUCCGUGAACACCACGUUGCACCAGUAGCAAUGACUAAACAUGAUGUUAUUGAAACUAAUGGUGAUAAUUGUAUGUUAACUGUUCCAAUUCUUGCAUUCACUGCUUUCGCUAAAAUUUCAACAAAUACUGCAUACGAUAUGUUUAUUUUUAGUUUCUUAGUCAACCUUUGUUUUUGGGUUUCAUUAACCAAUCAAAUUCAUAAAUGGAGUCACACCUAUAAUGUUCAUCCAAUUGUUGGUUUCCUUCAACGUAAUGGUAUCAUCCUUUCAAAGAGAGAUCAUGCUAUUCAUCAUCGUAAUCCAUUCGAUAAGUUUUAUUGUAUUACUAAUGGUUGGUUAAACCCAUGGUUAGCCUCAAUCGGUUUUUGGAAAAGAUUAGAAAAUGUUAUCACUCUCUUAACUGGUGCCAUUCCAAGAGCUGAUGAUCAAGCAUGGACAAGUUAAAAAUUAUUAAAUUUAGUAAUAAAUAAUAAUAUAAUAAUAAAAUAUACAUAUAAAAAAAAAACAAAAAAAAAAAAAAUAAUAUUAACAACUAUAACCAAAAACAACACAACAUAACCCAAAAUAACAUAAAUAACAAAGCAAAUAUAACCAACAAAUCUUAAUAAUAUUAUAUUAUUAUUUAAAUUUAUAUUUAUUGUAUUAAUUCCCCUUUAAAAAACAAAAAAAAAAAAAAAAAAAAUUUACAUUCCAAAUACAUAUUAAUAAAACUAAAAAAAAAAUGUAUAGCUAUGAUUUUAUAAAACACUUGAUCGAUUGGAUUACUUUGCACAGUAAUUUAAUUCUUUAUCAGGUAAAUAGUAUAUAAAAUUAAUAAAUAUAUUUUUCUCUAUUUAAAAUAAAAUG